CUCGUCCCAUGGAGGCUCUCGACACACCCACGACGGCGGGGCCCGUCGUAUCCAAGUGGACGCUCUCGCCCAAGAAGAAGAAAAUCGCGAUCCUCGUGUCGGCUUUCGCCGUCGUCGGUGCCGUCGCCUUGGCGCUUGUCGGACUCGGUACCGACACGACGACCGAUGCUGCGCGCACGGGUGCCGGCGGCCUUAACGGUGUCUGCUACGACUCGUAUCAAGCCGUCUCGAGCGUAGACAAGCACUUUGCCGUCAUCAAAUCCAAGUUUGGCUCCGUGCGCACGUACCAAACGACGGUUGAAGGCAGGGUCAACCUCAUUGACGCGGCCGCCAAAGCCAACCUCCAGAUUGCCGCGGGCAUCUGGAUCCGCGGUGGUGUGCCAUUCGCCGACGACCUCCAGGCCGCCGUCGACGGCACAAAGCGCCACCCGGGCAACGUUCUCGCCGUGUACGUCGGCAAUGAAGACCUCAUCUCCGGGCUUGGCAUCGGCGACGUCAUCUCCAAAAUUCAGACGACGCGCGCAGCGUUCAAGGCGGCGGGUCUCGGCCACAUCCCGAUCGGGACUGUGCAGACGGAUGGAUCGUGGCUCGAUGCCGACGCCUCGCUCGGCGCCAACUGCGACGUCGUCGGCGUCAACAUCUACCCGUACUUCAACCCGUCCGUGCCGAGCGACUCGAUCGCGGACCUCACGAAGCGCUUCAACGCGAUCGUGGCCAAGUACGGUGGGAAGACGCGCCUUACGGAGACUGGCCACCCGUCCGACGGUGGUGGCCGUGCCAACUUUGGUGCUGCGCAAAACUACUGGAAUCAGUACCAGACGUGGGCCAACUCGAACGGCGGGCCGUCGCCAUUCUACUUUCAGUUCCACGAUGCGACCAACAAGGCUGGCGACGAAGGCCACUUUGGUAUCUCUGCCGACGGCUUCACCUGGAAGUUCAACGUCGCGCCCGCAGCGACGACGCCGGCCCCGACGCCAUCGCCGACUCCCGCACCGACAACGACCGUGCCAGCGACAACUACCCCAGCUCCGACAACCGCCGAAAUGACGCCGGCACCGACCAACACUACAACCGAGCACAACACUACAACGCCCGCACCCACGUUGGGCAACGCCACCUUGGAAAGCGUCAUUGAUGUGACGAUUCCAGCCACGUUGCCCGUGCUCGACGAUUCCGUUGCAGCUACGGGUGCUGCGCCAGCCACGACGGCGCCUGUUGCCAACAUCCAAGAAGUGUCGACGUCGUCCAGCGAUUCGUCCGACAACGUGACGUUGCCCGUGGUGACGAGCCUGGUCUGCGCCGUCGGCGUCGCUGCGGUUGCGCUCGUCGUCAUUCGCAACCGCCGCAAGCUCGAAGAAGACAAGGACGUCGACUUUUACGCCGAUGGUCACCGCGACACGGCAGACGGUCGAUCCAUGUGGCAGCGCGAUAGUGUUGCUGUGCUUUAAGCCUCCUACGCCGGCAUGGAACAUCGACAUUUGUGUGGUGUAGAAAACCACAUUCAACGUC